GCGUGAUGAAGACAGUGCUCGGACAGCCUCUCUCUUUCAUCCUUUUCAUCAUCCUGCAGCCGGACUUGGACGCCGAGAGAAGCUCGGAGAGCAGCAGAGAUGUUCCCUCGAGACUCCACGUCAUCCACCAUGACGCGUUCAGACGAAAUGAUCAUCUAGCUGUGCUCCAUCUCCAUGCACGCGCAGUAGAGUGCAGUCUUCUGGAAACAAUGCAGACCUGAGGCUCAGAACAUGAACGCCUCCUGCUGGGAAGUUCCCAUGCUGAGCUCCGAGACUAACGGCACCAGCAACUGGCGGCCCCCACCAUGUAGCGGGACACCGGCGGACAUGCCGCAGCUGCCCACAUUCACCACGGCGGCCAAAGUUCGAGUGAUCGUCACCUUCAUCCUGUGUGCCGUCUCCACCUUCUGCAACCUGGCCGUGCUGUGGGCUGCCAGCGUCCACAAGCGAAAGUCCCACGUCCGAGUGCUCAUCGUCAACCUGACGGCGGCCGACCUGCUGGUCACCUUCAUCGUGAUGCCAGUGGACGCCGUGUGGAACAUCACCGUCCAGUGGCUGGCCGGCGACCUGGCCUGCCGGGUGCUGAUGUUCCUCAAGCUGCAGGCCAUGUACUCCUGCGCCUUUGUCACCGUUGUGAUCAGUCUGGACAGACAGUCGGCCAUCCUCCAUCCUCUGGCUGUCAGCAUGGCCCCCAGGAGGAACAGACUCAUGCUGACUGCGGCGUGGACCAUGAGCGCCUUGUUCUCCAUCCCACAGAUGUUCAUUUUCCAUAACGUGACCAUCACCUAUCCAGCCAAUUUCACCCAGUGCACCACCAGGGGGAGCUUUGUCACGCACGGGCAGGAGACGGCAUACAACAUGUUCACCUUCUGCUGCCUCUUCCUGCUGCCGCUGUCCAUCAUGAUCACCUGCUACACCAGAAUCUUCAUCUACAUCUCCAAGAAGAUGGCACACCACACCCUGUCUCCCAGCGAGCCUCAUCUGCGCUGCUCCAUAAAUAACAUCCCCAAAGCACGUAUGAGAACCCUCAAGAUGAGCAUCGUCAUCGUCAGCUGCUUCAUUGUCUGCUGGACGCCGUACUACCUGCUGGGCUUGUGGUACUGGUUCUUCCCCGACGACCUGGAAGGGAAGAUCUCCCACUCGCUCACCCACAUCCUGUUCAUCUUUGGCCUUUUCAACGCCUGCCUGGACCCCGUCAUCUACGGUCUGUUCACCAUCCACUUCCGCCAAGGCCUGCGGGGCUGUGGAAGCGGAAGCACACGGAAGGAAGCCGAGCACUCUGUGAUGGCCAAAUCUUGAAAACGUUCUGCCAUACCCCCUGCCCCCCCUAAAAAAAGAGCCAAGACGGGGAAGUGUGGUUUAAUCGGGUGAGAGGACAGCGUUGCAACACGGGGGACUGCCCACAAACAGAUUUGGUGAUGCCUUUUUUUUUCAUACAGUGGAUUAUUUAUCAGGACAUGACUGUAAUAUUACUAUUCUGGAUGCAAUGACUUGUAUAUUAUCUGUGCAUGUUUACAUGGAAACCAGAAAACCCUGAAUUUUACCAACACUCCUAUGAAACAACUGGUACAUCAAUAAUGUCAUGUUCUGUUUAUAGAUAAGAUAAUGUCAGCGUUCUAAUGAUACAAAUCAACAAUUACAUACGUAUGAUGAUUUCAUCAAACUGUCACCACAGAUUAUUAUUAUUAUUAUUACAGUCCUGUGGGAAACACUCCAAUGUGCGCGGUAAUCUGUAAGGAGAAACCGUGCGGAUGUGUCUUUGUGUGUGUUGCCUGAAGGCAUCUUGGCUAACAUAUGUACAGCAUUCUGAAUGUUUGUGUGUUGUGUAAGCAUCUUUCCAUUCAGCAGAGUGUUUCAGGAGCAGGCAGCGAUUGUUGCGUUAAUAAAAGAGAGCUCUGUGGAGAUGUAUCGAGAGUUACGCGGCUCUCCAGGGGAGACUUUCAUGCGUUGCUGAUGCUACUCCCAUCUGGAGAUGCAACAACACAGGAGCUUUAUCGCUUUAGUACGUUCUUGCAAGAGAAAACACAGAGUGACAUGCUAGCUGUUUGACCAAAGCUGCUUGUGUUGAGGGAAACCACCAAAAACACGGGGAACAAUAUCUACUUUUUUAUUGUUUUCAAUAUGUAAAAAAAUGCAUUUUUUUCAUUUUUAAAUAGCAUAUAUUUUUCUUGUACUACUAUACUAUGCUAUUCAUUUUAUUUUUUUUUUUACUGUCUGACAUAAUAUAUGCCAUAUCAUGUACAGCAACUUAUCAUUAAGGAGUGGGACAUCAGCUAUGCCUGUAGCUGAUGGAUAAUUGCAUCAUUUAUUUUAAGAUGUGUAGGGAAGCCCCCCCCCCCCCACAUUUCAUACAUUUGCAUAUGGACAAAAGGCUAUAAAGAUAUGUAAAUAUCUGUGUACUUGUGGACAUGUGUUGUUUUAGCAUUGCUAUAAUGAGCCUAUUGUUGCUGUACAAGGACAACCAUGUUGUUUUCCAGCUAAACACCACAAAUGACUGUUAUUGGCUUAUCUUAGGCACCAGAAGCACAAUUCCAUCAUUACAUAAAUGUAACCAGGACUCCUGAUGUCCUUGGAGGCAUCAAGCCUACAGAGUGGUCAGCACUUUUGCUUCCAGGCGCUGACGACAAAGCAAAUGUGCAGGGACACCUGCCAGCAUUCAUAUCACAGACAGCGGAGGUGAGAACAUGUUGCUUCUUCCCCUCGACUCCGUCGGUCGCUGUGCGCUCAGCCUCUGCAGGCCUUUCCGUCCUGAUGAGGUCACAGAGGAACACUGUUUGUCAGAAAGACGCAGCAUCACACAAGCACCUAAAUGCAGCACUUGCAUCAGCACUUGCCUUCCCUGGAGGCACACUUUCAACUUGUAGCUCUUUGGACAAAUUCUGCCAUUUUUCAGUAGAACAUCCCUCAUGUCCCAUAGAGGAUCUUUGAGUUAAAUCCUUAAACACUGCAAAGCACACAUAUGUCGUAUAGGGGCUCUUGGACUGGCAUGUUUGAAAAACCGUCCUCCUGUCUUAUUGGCUAGCUACCUAAAAAAAAGGCCCCAAUCAUAGAGAAGAUCGGUUUUUGAAAACGGCAGAGUGCUCCUGUUAUAGAGAGGCUCUUUGACUACAGCAAAGCACACACAAGCAAAACAAUCCUUAAAAUAGCACAGAGCUCCUGUUGAUAUAGGAUCUUGGAAUAGUUUCCUGAAAACAUCAAAGCAUCCUGCAGCAGAGCGUUUCUGUCAUUUAGAGGAUCUUUGACCAACAUUUUUGCAAAUGGUAAAGUGCGCUUACUAUAUAGAGGAUCUUUGUCUGGUCAUUUUGCUAUACCCAGAAAAAAUUAUUACGUUUGAUUAAUGUUCAUGUUAAAGGUUAAAUAACUGUUAAUAGUUAUCCUCCCUGAAGUGG